AUGAAAGAAGAAAAAAUCCAAUGCUAUCUUCGGGGUUGUGGUGAAGUUUCUGAUUUUUUGAAUGGAGUUUCUGGAAUUUUUUUUUCUUCUUCUUCAAAUUUUUCUUUUCUCUUUUCUUUAUUUAACAGAUUUUUUCUUUUUCAUUUUCAUUUUGUCCUUGUCUUUUUAAUUUCUUUUUUUUUAUUUUUCUUUCUCAUUUUUUCUUUUUCUCAUUUUUUCUUUUUCUCAUUUUUUCUUUUUCUCAUUUUUUCUUUCUUCUCAUUUUUUCUUUCUUCUCAUUUUUUCUUUCUUCUCAUUUUUUUCUUCUUCCCAUUUUUUUCUUUUCAUUUUUCCUUCUCAUUUUUUUUUCUUUCAUUUUUCCUUCUCAUUUUUUUUUCUUCUCAUUUUUUUCUUCUUUCAUUUUUUUCUUUUUUUUCUUCUCAUUUUUUUUCUUCUCAUUUUUUUUCUUCUCAUUUUUUUCUUCUUUCAUUUUUUUUCUUCUCAUUUUUUUCUUCUCAUUUUUUUUCUUCUCCAGUCUCUGUCAUUUUUUCCUUGUUACUUGAUAUUCUUUUUCUUUCUUUUUCCCAUCGUUCCUAUGUUCUUUUCCUUGCUGCUAGAUUUUAUUUCUUAUUUUUUUCUUUUUUUCUUUCCUAUCUUUUUUCUUGUUACUUGUUGAUGUCUCCUUUUCUUUCUUUAUCACAAUUCAUGCUUUUAUUCUCUCAGAUUUUUUAUAUUCUUUUUUUAAAUAUUUCCAAUAUCUAUCUCUCACUUUACAUAUCUAUUUAUAUAUCACUUGUUCAAAUAACAACCUGUGUAUCUCUGUUAAAAUAUCUAUCUAUAUACCUUGUUUCAAUUAUCUAUCUAUAUCUCUCUGUUAUAUGUAUCUAUAUCUCUCUGUUCAAAUACUCUCUAUAUGUUGGUUCAAAUAUCUAUGUAUAA